AUGCCGCAAUGUCGUGAACCGCGCGACAAUCAGAAAAUACGCUACAACCGUGACAACUGGCAAGAGAACAACAGAACAUUGAUGAGCAUACGCAGGGCAGAGCUGAAUAGUCUGGCAAACAGAAAUCGUCAGCCGUGUGUGGCAAAGCCAGCUAUGAUGGGAACGGCGAGGCCCAGACUCUCAGCUGGAUAUCGCCAGCGACCCAACGAUCAACUUGCGAUGAACAUUUCAUGGCAGCGAGAGGGAACAAACUUUAUCAGGAAGGAGGACAGAUGCCCUGCACCCUGGCGUUAUGACGAAGAGUCCCCCGGAGAUAGCUCAGCGAGCAUCAGCAGCGCCGUGCCAUGGAGGUACGACGAGAGCUAUCCGAGGCAAUCGUUAGGUCUCCCGUGGACCGCUUCGACGUCAACCUCUGAAUCUCUGGAGACUAGGGACUCUGAGAGAGUAACGGCGCCACUGGAUCAGAAGAAAAUUGACGCCUCUUCGAGACAAGUGAUGGCGUUGACCACAGAUCAGCUGGUAGUGAACGCCGCGACAAACGAGACGGAGGAGACUCAGCCGAAGCCCAAGAAUCCCGCCGGAGUAGACAAGGGCAAGGGCAGAGGGAAGAAGACACCAAUAGGAGAUGAACAACUGAGGAUGUGGCAGACACAGCUACGCGACAGCUGCAGGGGAACGCCGAUCGCACCACGGGAAGACCCGUGA